AUGACGUCGAACAUCAUAGACAAGAUUAUGAACCUGGAGGUCCCCGAAAAUGGCAACUCCUCGCUGAACAUUAUUUUCGGAGUCGUCAAUAUUUUCUUCUUCGGAAUUGGAAUGAUCAUUCUGGGUAUAAUUAACAAAGAUAUCGAUGACCUCAUAAUCGGCAUUUUGCAGCUCCUCGUGCCCUUGAUCGGGUGGAUAUGGGCCGUGUUCUGGGGAGUCCUAAUCGUUAUUAAGAAUUCGAAGUGA